UAUUGAUCAACGCAUUGUGGGUCUAACAACAACUCACCAGUGCCAGUAGCUACACUUCAUUUUGACCCAGGCAUUCAUUGCACUAUCUUCUCUCACGAUCUCACACACACAUUAGCAGAGACCACCGACUUGAGUCUCGGGAGGAGGAGUAAAUAUGGGUAAAGCACCUUCAAUAUUGGGUGCAAUUAUGUUCUUGUAUUGCUGGAUUUGGGUAGCAAAUGCAGAGUACAACGCAUACCAAGAUCCGAAGCAGCCUGUGAUGAAGAGAGUUAAGGACCUUUUGAGCAAGAUGACUCUCCAGGAAAAAAUAGGCCAAAUGACACAAAUCGAUCGCCUAGUAGCAUCUGCCGAUGUUCUCGACAAAUACUACAUAGGCAGCGUGUUGAGCGGCGGAGGCAGUGUUCCAUCGCGCAAGGCAUCACCAGAGGCAUGGGUGGACAUGGUGAACGGCUUCCAGAAGGGCUCCCUGUCCACCCGUCUCAAGAUACCCAUGCUUUACGGGAUUGACGCUGUCCACGGCCACAACAACGUUUACAGAGCUACCAUUUUCCCUCAUAACGUCGCAAUUGGAGCCACAAGGGAUCCACAACUGGCCAAGAGGAUUGGAGCUGCCACUGCUCUGGAAGUCAGAGCUACCGGCAUUCCUUAUGUCUUUGCACCUUGCGUUGCGGUAUGCAGAGAUCCGAGAUGGGGACGAUGCUUCGAGAGUUACAGUGAAGAUCCAAAGCUAGUUCGGGCGAUGACAGAGAUCAUACCUGGACUACAAGGAGAGAUCCCUUCCAAUUCUCCAAAGGCUGUUCCCUUUGUUGCUGGACAGCAGAAAGUGGUGGCUUGUGCCAAGCACUACGUAGGCGAUGGUGGAACGACCAGGGGAAGGAACGAGAACAACACGCUGGCGAGCAGGCACGAUCUGCUCGGCAUUCACAUGGCUCCCUACUACAACGCUGUCAUCAAAGGAGUCGCCUCCGUCAUGGUCUCCUACUCCAGCUGGAACGGCGUCAAGAUGCACGCCAACCGCGACCUCAUCACUGGCUUCCUUAAAAACACACUUCAUUUCAGGGGAUUUGUCAUCUCGGACUGGCAAGGAAUCGACAGAAUCACUUCCCCGCCGCAUCUCAACUACACAUAUUCCAUCUUGGCCGGAGUUGGCGCUGGAAUAGACAUGAUCAUGGUUCCAUAUGACUACAAAGAAUUCAUCAGUGGCCUUACAUCCUUGGUGGAAAGGAAAUUCAUCCCCAUGAGCCGGAUCGAUGACGCAGUGGCGAGGAUCCUAAGGGUUAAGUUCACCAUGGGCUUGUUUGAACGCCCCUUGGCUGAUUACAGCAUGGCCAAGUACCUUGGUAGUCAGGAACAUAGGGAGCUUGCAAGGGAGGCUGUAAGAAAAUCCCUUGUCCUUCUCAAGAAUGGUGGAUCUGCAGAUGAGCCAUUGAUCCCACUUCCUAAAAAGGCAUCGAAGAUCCUUGUAGCCGGGACACACGCUGACAACAUAGGCUAUCAGUGUGGUGGCUGGACGAUCGAGUGGCAGGGCAUCUCAGGCAACAACAUUACAGCCGGCACCACGAUCUUGUCUGCGAUCAAGAACACCGUGAACCCCAAAACAAGAGUUGUGUUUCAAGAGAAUCCGGAUUCUGCAUAUGUGAAGGCCAACAAGUUCUCCUACGCCAUUGUUGUAGUGGGAGAACUACCGUAUGCAGAAACAUUUGGAGACAGCACCAACUUGACACUUCCUGAUCCCGGGCCAAGUAUCAUCACAAAUGUGUGUGCCUCGGUGAGAUGUGUUGUGGUUCUUGUUACAGGGCGCCCAGUCGUGAUCCAGCCUUAUCUUGCACAAAUGGAUGCCCUAGUAGCCGCUUGGCUUCCAGGGACGGAGGGCCAAGGUGUUGCAGAUGUUCUGUUUGGAGACUAUGGUUUCUCCGGCAAGCUCCCUCGUACGUGGUUCAAGACUGUCGACCAGCUUCCAAUGAAUGUCGGUGAUCGCCAUUAUGAUCCGUUGUUUCCUUUUGGGUAUGGACUCACCACACAUCCUGCAAAGGCUAAGUAAAACUUGUAAUGAGAAGAUGUAAAUUUGAGCAUUUAUUGCUCACCUCCAUUUAUCAUAUGGUGAUGAAAUGGUGAAAUAAUAAAUAAAAGAUUGCCUUUA